GGCAACAGACGCUUGUUAGGCACAUCAUUAUUAUUAAAUUGUACGGCAUAUAUUCUCUUAUUAUUUUUGUCUUUUUAUUUAUGUUUUAUUCUUAUUGAUCUAAACAGUAUGACAGGAAAUUCAAAUAGCAAAAUUGAAGAAAGAGAGAAGGAAAUCCAAUGUGCUCUUUUUUUUGUAAUCUUUCAAAAACGUCUAAUUAUACAUCAACAUAUAUUGUGCGCGCAUUAAACGGUCGAAUAAUUCGUAUGAAUACGCGAGUUAUCGUGGCAUAACAAUGAACUUAAUUAAUACGCUGGACACAGGAAUUCCUGGGGCAUUGCGUUUUGAUCAUAAUGUAGCCCGCGCGAUGGAAAUGCACACGCUCGAGUCUGAUAAUUAGAUCAAUAAUCCAAAAUCGACAACAGGGGAGCCUCAGUAAACCUCGCGUCUAAAGAAUCGAGUAUCUGACGGUUCCGGCGUCAAUAAUUUUACUUAAUCGCUUUACGAUCUGAAAGCUUCGAGUUCUGUAACAAGCACAACAGAAUUUCAAAAUGACAAGAAUAGGACUUAAUAAAUGUGAUGAUAAUAAAUAAUGGUAGAUACGUAUAUUAUAAUUAUAAACGUAAAUUUAACUGAUUUAUUAUCCAAAAUAUGUCGUCCAGAUAAUCCCUGCGCUCAUAAAUAUUAUGAGAUCUCUCGUGCCGUGUGGUCAUUUGCCCUUCUGCGCAAUAUAUUUUUUAAGCCACGUGAACGAGCUCGUCCUGUGGCCCGCAACUUCGAGCCUCGAUUUUCUGGUUCAUCGCGACGUCGCCAACGCAAGCCGGCCGGCCGUAUGCUAAUCGGGUGCAUGGCGGGAGUGAGCGGCAGUGAACGCCACCCUUCGAAGAAGGGCGAUACUAGGGGCGAGUAUCCCCCCGGAUGAUCCCUUCAAACCGAGUGAGUGACAUCGCGCGCAGGAACAAGGGCGUGCGGAUUUUAUGGCGCGGUUUUUUUUUUUUUUUUCGUCCCCGACGGCGAUUACGCACACGCGUCGCCCGAACGAACGGACGGACGGACGGACAAACGACGAUGACGUGACCGCGUGAAAUUGCGUGGGCGAUGCAGGAUUUGUUGCAUGUAUCGCUGCAAUCGAGGAACGUCGCAUAAAAGGGGUGUAGGUUUCGCGUGGCGCACGAAUAACUGUUUAAUGCGGCCGCGUGCGUUUUUCCGCGGUCGUCGAGUUUAAUAAUUGAAAUCUGUUUGACAACCUGAAAUCUAGAUAUGUGUUUUGAGACGAGACAAGUUAUUUAGAUUUUUUUGCGGGGAGGAUAAGCAACUUAAUAAGGGGAAAUUUUGUUAAUUUCUUACAGAAACUUGAUUCAAUUUUAAUAAAGGAUUAUCCUAUGCUAUUUAAGAAUAAAGCUAAACAUAUACACUUGGAAAAAGUGCAGACAUAAUUUUUACUCUCCCAUUUUUAUAGCUUGAUCUGCAUUAAAGAAGUUUUCUUACAAUCGUUAAGUAUUUUCCUUUGCAAUAUUAUUUCUUCAUUUUUCGAAAUUAAUAUUCUGAUAAAAAAAUAUCCUAUUCCAUUUUAAUGCCGGAAAUUUCCCAAACGCCGCGUACGCAGGAGGACGCAAACAGUGCGAACUUCCCAUGGAAUUCUACCCCACGUUCGGCGCACGUGACUCCUAAUGGAGAGAGAGCGGCAUUCCGCUCUCCCGCGUGUACUGUAAAAAUUCGGUAAUAAUCGCGGAACAGGACAUUCCCUUGAUAUCGAUAUCCCUUCAGGGCGCAUCGCAUGUACACCGGGUCGAGGCACCCUUUCCCUACGGCCCUGCCGACCUCCCACUAUUCUCUCUCUCGGUAGCCGGCUGCAGCAGUGCUCAGUCUCCGUCGAGCUACCGUCGCGUUUGGAGGUGGCUCUUUCCAUCUUUUCACUUCCCUGCUUGUUCACUCGUGUCACGAGCGUGAUCGCGAUACUAGCGAUAGUGCACAAGUACUUCCGAGUGCGAGUACACAAUCACACUGUGAACGGUUGAAAAAAAAAAAAAAAGUGAACCUGCCAGGUGGUAGCAGCCGCGGCACGCCGAAGCCGAUGGGGGAUGACGUUCGAUGGAGAAAAAGAUAUCGAAGAGAUGUUACUUAGGGUCGGUCGUUCCAAUUUCCUGAUAACCUUACCUAUCAGAGGUUCUGUUUUGCUGUGAAAUGGAACGCUCGGGCAGCGGACGUGCUCGCAAAUAACGCGAUUGCAGCCGGUUCCGGUGUACGAUAAUCGUGGGAAGGAGUCCUCUAUCCACUUGGGCAUUUUCGACGAGGCGCCGCUCCGUUAGCCGACACUCGUGUGCAACAUGUUCGGGACGAAAUUGCGCACGUGGAUGGAGGCACACAUCGUGCGAUCGAAGAAGAAGAAGGACCGGAAGAAGGGCGACAAGGGAUACGACUCGAGCUGCAACUCCCCCAGGAGCCACAGCGCCAGCAGAUCGCCCGCUUUGCACCAGGUACAUCCGUUGGAUUCGCCGACGAAGAACGUGGACGGUAUCCGGUUGCACGGGGGUAGCUACGGUGCGACAGUGACCACUUCGUCCGGCACUUCCGGCGGCACCGGCGGAAGUGUGAGCCUCUCCUCGCCGGAGAGCGCGUACUCGACCGGCUACUCGACCGACGGCACCUCGCCCGGCACCAGCUUCCCGCCCGAGUAUUACAUCAACAUCAGGACCGGCACCCACUAUUUUCAGAGCACCGGCGGCAGCGGUGCCGCCACCGCGAACAAUAAUAACAAUAACAACAACAACAACAAUAAGACCAGGGCGAAGAGGCCGCAGGGUAACGCGGGAAACCUGCCACCGGCCGGUAGUGUCCCGCCAGGAAAUGGAAGAGUCGAGGACAGGGGUCAGUCAUCGUCCGCGAGCACGACGAACAUGACCAGAGACAACGGUCAGCCGGAAGUACGAACGAGCACGCCGCAGAAGAGCGCAGAGAACCACGGUCAGAGACAGCAGCAAAGGCAGCAGGAGACCUAUCAUCGCAGGACGGAGUCGAGGAAGCACGUAGGCACCCGCGAAUUGGCGAGUGCACUACUCGGGAACGUCGAAGUUUCGCACGUUGAAAGAUCGGGCUGGCGCCAAACGCCCAGACCGGUGUCGCCGCUGAAUAAGGUCAACCGCGGCGUUAUGCGCGUUGAUUAA